CCACCGUAUCUACCGCUACUCUCAACUAAUCUCAUGAAUCCAGACCAGCUAUCACAUUCGAAUGCAUCCAAUGCGGCGAUAUUUACUGCAUUUCCUAUGAUAAUCACUGUCACGGAACCAUUGAAAGAAUUUGAUGGAACUAAGGAUGCAUUCAUUUCUUAUCUGAUAACGACAAAGACAACUUUAGAUGCAUUCUCUUCACCUACUGUGAGCGUUCGAAGAAGAUUUCAGGAUUUCGUAUGGUUACAUAAUUCACUUUCACGGGACUUUGCCGCGUGUGUAGUGCCACCUUUGCCUGAUAGACAUCGAAUGGAGUAUAUAACCGGAGAUCGGUUUGGACCAGAGUUCGUAGAAAAACGACGAGCAAGCCUCCAAAGGUUUUUAGCAAGAUUAAGUCGCCAUCCUACUUUGCAAAAGAGUGAAUAUUUCAGGCUAUUUUUGGAAUCAAGAGAAUGGAAUAGAGAGUCUGCUUUAUACAGGCAAAAGAAACCAGGGGAUGGAGUUUUUGAAAACUUGGGGGAUGCUUUACUCAAUGCAUUUUCUAAACUUAAGAAACCAGAUGAAAAGUUCGUUGAAAUUAAAGAAAGUGUUGACAAGCUUGAAGAAAAUCUGCAAACGAUUGAUAGAUUAUAUCAGAGAAUUAUCAAAAGGCAGACUGACUUGGAAGCCGAUUAUAGAGAUUUCGGUUCAAGUAUAGCUGGAUUAGGUCAAUUAGAAACUGGAAUUACUGCACCCCUUGAACAAUUUGGUGAUACGAUUUCCAAAUUUGCUGAUGCAUGGAAACGGAUGACCUAUCGAGAAGAAAAUGGAUAUUCAGCUCAAAUCCGUGACUAUCUAUCCUAUUGUCACUGUGUAAAGAAUGUUUUAAAGCUGCGAGACCAAAAGCAAGUUGAUUUUGAAGAUCUUUCGGAAUACUUGCAAAAUGCUCUUAUGGAACGCGAUAAUCUUAUCAAUACUGGCAAAUCAUCCACCGGUAUAUCCUCUUUCUUACGUGAAACAGUAGAUAAUAUCAAAGGUGUGGAUCAGGAGCAAGUGAAAAAAGAGCGCUUGCAGAAACUUGAUGCAAAAAUUGCUGAGCUUAAAAAAGAAGUUGAGAAUAGCAAUGACGUUUCCGAUCAAUUUUCCUUAGAAGUUGCUAAAGAAUACGAGAUAUUUCAAACCGCAAAGACUAUCGAAAUGAAGGAUUGUUUACUUGCAUAUGCUGACAGUCAUGUCGAGUUUUACCGUCAGGGCAUUGAAUUAUGGGAAGAAAUUAUUCCCGUUUUGGAAGAUAUUAAAUUUCAAGCAUGA